UAAUUACGAGAACCUUGCUAGCGAGAAGUCACUCUUGUUGUAAAGCAGAACGAAACUGAAACCCUAGCUGUAUGCGAUAGAGAGAUUUUGGUCUCAAUGGCGAAAAAGAGAAAAGCACAAGCUCAAGUCGAAGAACAAGUAAUUGCAAAGCCCGAUUCAUCAUCCGAAGAAGAAGAAGAAGAAGAAGAAGAAGUUGAAGAAGAAGUAGAAGAAUCAGAAGAGGAAUCGGAAGAAGAGUCCGAAGAAGAAUCAGAAGAAAACGAAGAAGAAGAAGAAGAAGAAGAAGAAGAAGAAGAAGAUGAUGAUGAAUUGAAGAAAGAAACUAUGAGAAAGCUUCUCGAACCCUUCGGCAAAGAACAAAUCCUUGAUUUGCUCAAAGAAGCCGCUCUCAAGAACCCUAGUAUCAUCGCUCGAAUCACUCAAUCGGCGGAGUCCGAUCCGGCUCAUCGCAAUGUCUUCAUUCAUGGCCUCGGAUGGGACGCUACAACCGAACAAGUCCUCUCAAUCUUCAAACCCUUCGGCGAAAUCGAAGAAUGCAAGGUCGUCACUGACAAAGUCACAGGAAGAGCAAAGGGUUAUGGGUUCGUACUCUUCAAGACUCGAAUCGCAGCACAGAAAGCCCUCAAGCAGCGCCAGAAGAAGAUCGGGAAUCGAAUGGCCUCGUGCCAGCUCGCCUCUGCCGGAGUCCCCAACAAUCAGGCCGGUCAAGAGCCAGCUGGUAGGAAAAUCUAUGUUGCGAAUGUCGGGUCUCAUGUGAAUCCCGAAAAGCUUCGAUCUUUCUUUGCGAAAUUUGGGGAAAUUGAGGAAGGUCCUUUGGGUCAUGACCCUGUGACUGGGAAGCUAAAAGGGUUUGCAAUUUUUAUAUACAAGAAUGAAAAGGAUUGUAAGAAGGCAUUGGAAGAGCCUGUGAAGGUGUUUGAAGGGAUUCAAAUGCAGUGCCGGCGAGCUGCCGAAGGUCGGAAUAAUAAAAACCAGGCAGUUGUGUUGGGUGCGUCUGUUGGUGGUGGUGGUGUUGCUUCAAUACAGCAGAGUGAGAUAAACACCAUGAAUUAUGGCUUGGGUAUGAAUCCGGGAAUUCUUGGUCAAAAUGUUAAUACGGCUGCAGUUAUGAUGGGCCAAAAUCCCGGGAUUGGGUUGGCAAAUCCGAUGAUGGCCUCGGCAUUGAAUCAGACUGGGUUGCCCCCGUCCAUGGGGGCAAACCCAUCAUUGGGUUUCAGUGGGAAUUAUGGCAUUAAUAGCGUAAACCCGAGCUUGAUGGGUGGUUAUGGUUCCCAAGCUGCUUUGCAGGGUAGUUAUGGUUCUCAAGCUGCUUUACAGGGUAAUUACGGUUCCCAAGCUGCUAUGCAGGGUCUCGGUGCUUACCAGAACGCUCAAUUGGGACAUUCUUCUGCAGGAGCAACAGCAGCGGCAGCAACAAGGCCACAAUCUGGUUUUGGAUCUGCGGCAACUACCUUUCCCUCCUAUUUUGGCCGCUAGGUUCCGAGACACACAGCCAGUUGAUAGUUCUGCAGACUGAAGGUGGUUGUUAAAUUUCCGCACAGAGAUAGUUAGAAAGCAGGAAAUGCAAUCUUUGCUGCAUUUUGUACUAGACAAUAUCGGAAGUACAAAUUUUCUGAAGAAACGGACUUGUUAUUUUUUUAAUUAUCUUUGUUUUAAUAUUUAAAUUUUGUAAUACCAGACUUUUUGUUAUUUUUUUAAUUAUCUUUGUUUUAAUAUUUAAAUUUUGUGAUACCAGACUUCUUUUGGUUGGAAGAUUAGUCCUGGGCUUGUUUGGUUGCGUUUAUUUUUACAAA